AUGGCGUCUCUACUGCGAGGGGCAGGCUUCAUCACGGGCGCGGCGUCUGGUAUAGGAAAAGCCACGGCGUACUCAUUCGCUCAGCAUGGUGCCAGACAGCUAGCCCUGGCGGAUAUCAACAUCUCUGCGGCAGAGCAAGCAGCCAAAGAGAUCGAGUCCAAGUUUCCAGGCACAAAAGCGAUUCCCCUGGCCAUCGAUGUGACGAAGGAGACAUCGAUCAAUGAUGCGGUGGCCGAAACGGCUCAUCGAUUUGGAAGAAUUGAUUUUGCUGUGAAUAAUGCUGGUAUUGGAGGGCCGCCAACGCUGUCUGCAGAGCACAGCGUCGAGGAAUGGAACAAGACGGUCCAUAUCAAUCUGCACGGCGUGUGGAUGAGCAGCCGGGCUGAAAUCCGGACGAUGCUGCAGCAGGAAAGGAGGGAGGACACUCCCCGGUAUAAUCGCGGUGUCAUCAUCAACGUCGCCUCGAUGUAUGGGAUUGUGGCAACGUCGCUCAACACUCCUGUUGUGGCAUACACAGCAUCCAAGCAUGGUGUAGUUGGUCUCACGCGAGCAGACGCCAUCGCCUAUGCGCCCAAAGGCAUCAGAAUCAACGCGGUCUGCCCUGGAUACGUGGCAACACCACUGAUCCAGGGAACGAUGCAGUCUGCAGUGAUACAGAGGGAAAUCGACAAGAUUCCUGUGGGCAGACUGGCAGAGAUGGAUGAAAUCGCAGACCACAUCACUUUCCUGGCGUCGCCGAUGAGCAGCUACAUGUACGGCGCAUCAAUGGUGGCUGAUGGGGGCUUCACGAUUCAGUAA